AUGGCUGCAUCUUCUACGUCAAACAAUGCUUUAUUCGUCGAGGAAGACGACCAAAUGAAUAUUGAUUCUGAUUCUGACUCACCAGUCCAGUUUCACGAAGCUUACGAGGAACAACCUUACGAUGACGAUCCUAUUGUUGAAUCGAUUCCACUUAUAAUGAAUGAAUUACCAGACAGAUCCAAACAAUCCUUGCACAUAUUACAAUACAUGGGCAGACCCAAGGCCCGCAACUUCUCCAACGAAUUUCCAACAGUCUCAGUGAAGGAGGAAUCUAACUAUCUUGAGGUUAGGGUGCCGUUGGAUACCCAGAAGUUCUAUGACGAAUCACGAACUGAAGAAUGGGGAGCGGAAGUUACAGAACACAGCUUACAGGGGGUGUUAAAUAAAACUAAUGGAGGGUUAUAUGCUGGUCAAUUACUUAAAGAUGAUGACGGUAACAGGAAAAUUGUGUUGAUACCGGUCGAUAGCACAGCACAAUUAAGGCCUUCUUUCAAAUACUUGGAUGACUUAGAAGCAUCUAAACUGGCUCAGCGUAGGGCAGAUGUUCUAGAAAACCAAAAGCCAAGUAAUAUCCAGAUUUUACAAACAUCUGCCAAAACAAAUGCCCAUGCCAACUCGGGAGAUGGAUUUGCUAAUCACACUUUAGGUGAAUCAUUGAAGCAUGUUAAGAAGUUCACAGAAGAAGAAUGGUCAUCCUUACAAUGGGUUGGUGCAGAAAAUAACAAGACUCAAGAGUAUAAAGAUCAUUUAAAUCAUGGUGCAGAUGGAAUUGAGUUGACUACUGAAACAAACAUGAGCGAUUACAUCGACGCUUUGACUCAAUACUAA